AUGAUGUUUCGCAGGAUACACACUGGUCUUUAUGAAAGAAUAAUAUAUUGGUGUAUUUCAAGUGCAAAUUUUGUAGAAGAAGAUAUAUUAUGUAAUAAAAAUUUGUCCUCAAUUGAAAUAUUAUAUCUUAUUCGGUUUUUGAUAGGUCAUCGCGUUUAUGAAUUUACAGAUGAAGCGUGUGCAUAUUUAAAACCUAUAUUAAACCGUUUAAGAAAAAAUGAACAACAACCUGAAAUUCAAACAAAACCAAGAAUUGAUAAUAAAAGAGAAGAAGCUUUAGAACGACGAUCUGCAGAUAUCGUUGAACGCUGGGCAUUUUCGUUGCAACAAAAUUUUGAUACAUUUAAAGUUCUUCAAGAUAUGAUUGAGGAUAAAGACGGUACUACUGAUAAUAAUAAAAUUUGUUUUGAAAACAUAACAAAAUCAACAAGAAUAAGGAUAAUGGAAACAAUCAAAAAACUUUUUUAUGAUAAUCAUGAUAUUGAUAAAACAACAAAUAUAGUUAAUAAUAGUGUUAAUAAAUGGAAUCUUGAUACUGUUCCAAUAACAUCAAUUAAACAACGACCGAAAGAAUCAAUGAAAAUUGAAUUAUAUACAUGUAAAAUUGCAGUGAAAAUGUAUGAUGCUUUAUUCUUCCCACAAUCGUUACAUUUGUUCAAUUGCGACUUAACAACAGAUGAAAUAGGUCAACAAAUUUAUAAUACUGAGAAAACAAUAUUAGAAUUAAAUUAUAAUGUAUUUUGUGUACAGCAAAUAGAUGGCAAUAAUGGUCCUUUACAUCAUGCGGAACGUCGUGGUAUUAAUGUAAAAGAUUUGUUGAAAAAUUUGAUUGAAAAAAAAUUAUUAAGACAAGGGAUGUAUUUAAAAACAGCAGCGCGUAAUAUACUUAGUUAUAUGUGUAUAUUUGAUUUUGCUGAUGAAGAUGAAUUAAAUGAUGUUAAACGAACAUUAAUGGAUCAUUAUGGAUGGACAUUAGAACAUUAUAUUAAACGGUGUUUUCAAAAUAAAGAUUAUCCUAUAAAAAUGGGUAAAACAAUUCAACCGACAGUGCUUGGUCAGCAAGAUUUAGCUAUACAAAAACAAUCAAUGCGAAAUACCAGUGAGACAUUAACGCAAAAUAAGCAAUAUCAAUCUUCAACGGGUAUUCUAAUAGUUAUUACUGCAGUAUUUGUCACCAUUUCGUAG